UUAUGCAAUGAGGCAUCAAGGCGAACAACGACCCAAGCGGAGUGAUUUAGUGAGGACUACACCCAAGCGUUUGUCCGAUUGCAGCGGUUUCUCUUCGUUGCCUAGACCAGAAGAAAGCCGGGACGUGACGGAGCCGGGGGGGUUUUGCUUGCUGGAGGCCCGUUAAACCACCGAUAAAUACAGCUUCCUCACAGUGUCUUCGUCGCUCGAGAGGCGUUUGUGACCAGACUUGUCCCAUCGUACUUUUUUCAUCUUAGAACUAAUUACACAAACAUGUCCUGGCAUAGCUACGUGGACAACCUGCUGGCUGAUGGCAGCUGCCAGGACGCGGCCAUUGUUGGGUACACGGACGCAAAAUACGUCUGGGCAUCUUUUGUCGGCGGUACCUUUGCCAACAUAACGCCUGACGAAAUUGACGUGGUAAUAGGAAAGGACCGGGAGGGAUUCUUCACCAGUGGGCUGACCUUAGGCAAUAAAAAGUGCUCUGUAAUCAGAGACAGCCUCCAAAUUGACGGCGACUGGACAAUGGACAUCCGGACAAAGAGUCAAGGAGGGGAGCCAACAUACAACGUUUCUGUAGGCAGAGCUGGCAAAGCAUUGGUUUUUGUCAUGGGGAAGGAGGGUGUCCAUGGAGGGCAACUCAACAAGAAAGCAUUUCAGAUGGCUGAGUACCUGAGGAAGUCCGGAUACUAAAGCAGCCUGUACCCAGCUACCUAGCAGCUCACCCUUACCACCUUGUCGCAUUUCACACUACUUCCAGUCCUAGUUGGUAGUUACUUUGUUCUUCUUUUUCUGCCUUCUCUCCUCCCAUUUGCUAUCCUUUUUUUUUUUUUUUUUUUUUUUUUGUGUUAUCAUCUUCCCCUAACUCGCCCUCUUCCCUCUCCCCUCAACACAUCUCCGCUGUGUACUCUUUGCCCCCCUUAAGCACUAUAAGUUGAUCCAUAGCAAAGAUGAGCGUGUUGCUAACAGGUUGUCAUGACAAAUCUGUACUUAACCAAGACCAGCAAAAAAAGAUUCUGGCCAAACACACCACUAUCAUGGUGCCCAUUACUUAAUCCCGCCCAAACCCGAUCAUACACACUCCCCCCCGAGCAGCCUAUGCCUUUGGAGCACUUGAGCGGUAACCAAGCUCGUCACGUCUUCCUCUUUAAUUUUCCCCCAUUAUGUCUGGGAGGGGAGACUGCAUGCAUAUCUCGAUCCACUGCCGUUUCCCUCGCACAACAGGGGACACUACAGACCUGACAGGAGAUUCAUCUUCAUCAAACACUAGACACCACCCAACUAGUCCUCUAACUUCACUCCCCUUUCAGAUUCACAGCUCUGUCCUAAUUAUAUUUUAUCUGGAGGGGGGGUUCAUGAUAAUGAACCAGAUUUGUGAGCAUUGUUGUUGUCUAGAUGCUGGUAGCCUCUCCUCCCAUCAUCACAACCCCCCCCAACUACACGAAAACCCAUGGACAUUCCACAGUAAAAAUGGCUCAGGCACUUAAAACUGUUUUUGUUUGCCAGCACCUGUAAUAUAAUUUUUUGAAAGGCUGCCAUUUUUGGACAGUAGAUAUCCCAGCAUAUAACCAUCUGGAGUAUGUCCAGUUUGAUUUUUUUUUUUUUUUUUUUUCUUUUUAUAGGACCAAGUGUAGUCAAAGUUCAAGUGUUUAUACAAUUGCUCUAAAUCAUGUUAAGGAUAACUGCUAGCUUUUUUUCUGAUGAAGGAAAUACAAACCAGACAGUAAAGCAUACUAUGGUUUAAAAAAACAAAAAAAAAACAAAAAAAAAAACAAAGCUACAGGGAGAAGGUAAGGGUGGGAGUAUCUGAAGGAAUUUUUUUUUUUUCUUUUUCUUUUAUUGUUUAGAAAACAAACGACUGCAUUUGUACAAACCCAUGCUGUGUUGACAACUACAAAACUGUGGAAUAAAUUGCCUUCUACUCUAUAGUCAACUGAGCUCUGGGGUAUCACAUGGUCUGUCCAUGGUCAGUACUGCUAACGUCCAACUGAAGGAAAAAAAAAACACUUUUAAAAGUAGAAAUGACACUCAAUGGGAGAUGGGAUUGGUUGGAACAAAGACACUCAUGGUUGUCUUGUCAACUUUAACUGCAGAACCUGUGUAUCCUGUGCCAUAAUGUAGAGAGAUCUGUUGCUGUUGUAAGAUGGAUUUUACCCACUGUCCAACAAGGAGUCAUUUCAUUGGCACUUUUUUUUUUUUAAUAGCUUCAGCUCAACUGUGUUUAGGCCUUGUGGGAUAUGUGUACUCAGAGGAAAAAAAAAAAACAUGUUUCAAGUCCUGCUUGCUGAUUUAUGUUCAUUUCCUUUUCUUCACCACUUUUUUUUUUUUUUUUCUUACAUCUGGGAUACAGUCUCUUUAAUGCAUCUGAUUUCAUAUGCAUAAAACCAAGAAAUGCCAUAAAUUGAUUUAUCACCUUGUUUACAAACAGAUCAAAUAAAUUUAUUCCAACCAGA